CUCAAGGUCGCUUUUGUCGGAUUCACGCGACGAACUCGUUCGAGCAUAUCGCUCGCAAAACUCCAAUCAGCUUCUCUUGAAACCUUUUCGUGCAUGACGAGCUCCCGAAAUCCGCUCGAAAUAAUCCCUCGCGACUUCGUUGAUCCGUAUGCACCCCAGACGGCAAACAGAAAAAGCCUCGGGAUGAAGCCGAGAGAUCAAGGAAGCCAUUUUUCCACUCUCUUUGAUAUCUCGGCGGAACGUUGACUUUCCACGACGGAGUUGCUCGUAGUCUUUUAGAGGAAAUUAAAAAAAAGUCCUUUGAGCGUUUCAGAUGAUGUUUUGAAAUCCCGGAAAAUGAUUUUUCUCCUUCGCGAUGAUGAAUGUGGCCACCGAACCGACACGCAGGAGAACCCAUUCAGGCGGAGGAUCUGCGAGGUCUUCUCGUCGUCGGGAGACGGAUCGAUGAGCUUCGAGGACUUCUUGGAUCUGGCUUCGACUUUGAGCGGGAGUGCCCCGAGGGACAUCAAAGUUGCCAUCGCCUUCCGCAUUUUCGACUACAACUCCGACGGCUACCUGUGCCCGGAAGACCUGACGAAGGCAUUGAACCAAUUGAGCAACAACGGGCUGACGGCUCCCGAGAUCACCAUCGUCAUCGAAAAGGUCCUGGAGGAAAGCGACAUCGACGACGACGGCAAAUUGUCCUUCAUGGACUUCCAGCACAUCAUCGAAAGAGCCCCCGACUUCAUGGCCAACUUCCAUUUCCGGAUCUGAUCUCUUUCCAUCUCGCUCUGCUUCCCCUUCUGCACCUUCUCCGUUUCUUACGAAAACGCUUUUCUUCCUCUGUUAAGAGUAGGACCAGAACCGGCUCGAUGGGUAUUGCAUACUUAAAGAAUACGAGUUGAAGUUCCUCGAACGACCC